AUGUUCUAUGCAAAGCUGAUGGACACGCCCAAUCCUGCCUCCAACCUCCCAGACCCUUCUGAAAACUCCUCGGCCGCACCAAACGCCAAGAUGCGUUCGGACACGCAAAACACCGACCAGCAAUCGAGUGCGUCGCCUGACGAGCACAAGACCGGCGACGACCAUCCGGCGAAGCAGCCAGAUCACCAGGCGCAGCCUACUCGGACGACGGGAAUUGGGGGCGAGACAAAGGUGCAGGGAGGGAAAGAGGGAUUGGGCGAGAGGGGUGAUAAGCAGUAG